AUGUCUACACCAUCCAGUAUAGCUUGUAAUAUCACUACAUCAGGGACUCUCAUCAUUGACCCCACAGGAAGGCAGGAGAAGGGCCAUUCUGCCACCAUUGCUGUCAGUGUCUUCAUAUGUCUGCUGUUGAAGGCCUCCUUGAACAGGGAUGGGAAGAGCUCCAUGGGCACCUUCUGCAAUAGAUUCCUCAAUGUCAGUCCCAGGAGUGUGGGUAGGGCUUCAAAGUUCCUUUUGAUUGAUCUUCAAACAGAAGGACCUGGUAAAAUAUUCAGGAGUCAUCCUGCCCUGGACUUCCCUUCUGGACCAGAGGAGAGAAAGUCAGCUGCUGCACUAACAGGACCAUCAUUGGCAAAAUCUGCCCAUAUUGGGACAUUGCUUCAGCUCUACAAAUUUCCACAGCUUCAUCCUUUCUUGAGGAAUAUCCAUGUGCGAGACAACAUGGCCUUAGAAUGGAAACAGAAGAUAAAUGAUAAUAAGUAUGAUAUUCUCAACUUUUGGAACUUUCCAAAGGGUCUUGGACAAAAAGUGAAAAUUCCUAAGUCUGUGUGCAGUGAGAGCUGUGGGCCUGGAUUCAGGAAAAUUUCCCCAGAGAGCAAGGCUGUUUGCUGCUAUGAUUGCACUCCACAUGGAGACAAUGAGAUUUUCAAUGAUACAGGCCAGGGGUUACAGGCCCCUGGCUUGGUUGGAGCUUACAAGCCCCCAGGCUUGGCCUUUGCUACAAGCAAUCCAGGCUACAUGCAGCCAGAGCUGCACUUGACUACUUGGAUCUUGUUUAAUCACAGUCAUGCAUAUGCCUAUAACUCCUCUGAGUGUUAUUACAGAAUCAAAGAAGAAUUUCACCAUGAAGGAGAUGUAACCAUUGGUGUAUUUCUCCCAGUUCAUACUUUCUACACUGCCAACAAAAUUCCACAUUCUUAUCUGCCAAACAUUUACGCCUACUUUCGCAUACAGUAUAAUUUUAAAAUACACCAGUUGGUUCUGGCUCUGAUAUUUGCCAUUGAGGAGAUCAACAGGAACCCUCAUCUUUUACCAAACAUAUCUCUGGGAUAUGACUUCUAUAAUGUCCCAUACAGUGAGAAAAACAUUCUUAUGAAUGCUCUUUUUUGGAUCACAGGCCAGAGUAGACUUCAAAAAAUUCACUGUAAUUAUAACUGUGUAAAUGAGAGAAAGUUAACUGCUGCAAUAACAGGGCUAUCAUGGGUAAAAUCUGCCCAUAUUGGGACACUGCUUCAGCUCUACAAAUUUCCACAGCUCACUGUUGGUCCUUUUGAGCCUAUCUUCAGUGACCGAGGUCAGUUUACUUCUCUCUACCAGAUGGCCCCCCAAGGCACAACUCUGUCUCUUGCCAUGGUCUCUUUGAUGCUUCAUUUUGGCUGGACCUGGGUUGGUCUGCUUAUCCGAGAUGAUCAUAGAGGGACUCAGUUUCUAGCAGAUAUCAGAGAAAAGAUGGAGAAAAAUCAAGUCUGCAUCGCUUUUGUUGAAAUGAUCCAAAGUACCUUGAAUUCAUUAGCAUACAAAUACUGGAAAAGUCUUGGCAUCGUCCAGGAAACAUUGGCCAAUAUUAUCAUCAUUUAUGGUGACAAUGACUCACUACAAGGUUUAAUGAGCAACAUAGCGAAACAGAUUUUGACGAAUAAAGUCUGGGUCAUGACCUCUGAGUGGGAUGUUACUAAUAAUGCUGAUUAUUUCUUGCUAGAUUCAUUCCAUGGAAGUCUCAUUUUUUCACAACACCAUGAGCAGGUGCCUGAAUUUAAAAAUUUUAUCCAAACAAUUAAUCCUUAUAAAUACCCAGAAGACAAUUACCUUCCUAAAUUGUGGUUUUUGUUCUUCAAGUGCUCAUUUUCAGAGCUUGAUUGUCAUCUUUUGGACAAUUGCCAACCCAAUGCUUCCUUGGAAUUACUGCCUAGACAUAUGUUUGAGAUAGUAAUGAGCGAAGACAGCUACAAUACAUACAAGGCUGUCUAUACUGUGGCCCACAGUCUCCAUGAGAUGAGCCUUCAGCAAUUACAAAUGCAACCAUUUGGAAAUGGGGAAAGAAUGGUGUUCUUCCCCUGGCAGCUUCAUCCUUUCUUGAGGAAUAUACACAUGGGAGCCAAUAUGGCUUUAGAAUGGAAACAAAAGUUAGAUGAUGAUAAGUAUGAUAUUCUCAACUUUUGGAAUUUUCCAAAGGGUCUUGGAAAAAAAGUGAAAGUAGGAAAUUUUUUGCCCAAUGCUCCCCAGAGUCAACAGUUGACUUUAUCUGAGAAGAUGAUACAAUGGCCAGAAAGAUAUUUAGAGAUUCCUAAGUCUGUGUGCACUGAGAGCUGUGGUCCUGGAUUCAGGAAAGUUACCCUAGAGGGCAAGGCUGUUUGCUGCUAUGAUUGCACUCCUUGUGCAGACAAUGAGAUUUCCAAUGAGACAGCUAGUAUGGAUCAGUGCAUGAAAUGUCCAGAGAAUCAUUAUGCAAACACAGAGAAGAAACACUGCCUCCAGAAAGCUGUGAGUUUUCUUAAUCAUGAGGACCCCUUGGGGAUGUCUCUCACAACCAUAGCUCUGUGCUUCUCUGUACUCACAACUGUGGUUCUUGGACUCUUUGUGAAGCACAGAGACACUCCAAUUGUCAAAGCUAAUAAUAGGACCCUUAGUUACACAUUGCUUAGCACACUCACUGUUUGUUUCCUAUGUGCCUUGCUCUUCAUUGGCCAUCCCAACACCAUAACCUGUAUCCUGCAGCAGAUGGUAUUUGGAUGUGCUUUCACUGUGGCUCUUGCCACUGUGUUGGCCAAAGCUAUCACUGUGGUUAUUGCCUUCAAGAUUACUUUUCCAAGGAGAGUGGUGAGGUGGUUAAUAGUAUCAAAGGCUCCGAACUUCAUCAUCCCCAUAUGUACUCUGAUCCACCUUGUCUUCUGCGGAAUCUGGCUAGGGACCUCUCCUCCCUUCCUUGACCAAGAUGCUCAUGCUGAACAUGGACAUAUCAUCCUUGUGUGUAACAAAGGCUCAGAUUUUGCCUUCCAUGGUAUACUGGCAUAUCUCUGCUCUUUGGCACUUGGGAGUUUUACGAUGGCUUUCAUGUCACGGAAUCUGCCUGACACAUUCAAUGAAGCCAGGUUCCUGUCAUUCAGCAUGCUGGUGUUCUUCUGUGUGUGGAUCACAUUCCUCCCGGUCUACCACAGCACCAAGGGGAAGGUCAUGGUGGCUAUGGAAGUCUUCUCUAUCUUGGCUUCUAGUGCAGCCCUCCUUGGCUUCAUUUUUGUCCCUAAGUGCUAUAUUAUCUUAAUAAGGCCAGAUAAGAACUCAGUUCACCAUAUCAGGAACAGGCCACAUUCUAGAAGGAAUAACCCUCUCAAAACCUAG